AUGAAUCUAAUAAUUGGUAAUGUCGAUGUUAGAUCAAAAUCUUACUAUGAUGCUCUUUCUGCCCAACUGAAACUGAAAAAGGAUCUAUUCGCGGAUUAUGAUCCAAAUGUAGCACAGAUUCGAACCAAGCAUGGAACUGGCACAGUUCCAGAAACUGACCGAUUCAAUUACACUGUCUUUUUGUAUUAUUUGAAGUUGAUUGAAGUUAAAGAACCUGAAGACAAAGUCACAUUUGUUCUUGACAUAAUGGAGUAUUGGUAUGAUGCUCGUCUGGUUUGGGAUCCAAAGAAUUACUCUGGUGUUGCUACGCUUUAUGUUGCCCAGUCGGAAGUCUGGUCACCUGGAUUACAAGCCUUUGGAAUACACGAUAUAGUCGAUUUUCGAAAUUCGGACUUUCGAACAAUUUCUGUAGAUUAUACGGGUUACAUUUGGGAUUAUUUAUCUUUGAAAAUAUCGACAGUGUGCAUUGUAGAUAUCGACUUGUUUCCAUUUGACGUGCAAAAAUGUCAAAUUCGAAUUGAUCUACCCUCAUUCUAUAGUGACGAAAUAAAAAUCAUAAAUGAAGUGUACGAAGGGAUAAGAACUUCGGAUAAAUUAGCAACAAUGGGCAACUCCGAAUGGAUUAUAAGAAAUCUCACAAGUCGAAUUGAAAAAAUUAUUUACAACGAUUCAUACGGAACAAUGGAUUUGGCAGUGUUUGAAGUUAUAAUGAGAAGAAAUGCAAUGUAUUAUUUCUACAUGAUCAUUGCCCCUUCAUUUACUAUUAAUUUAUUGUCAGUUUUCGGAGUUUUCAUGAAAAACACUGAUUUAAUGGCAAGAUUAACUGUCGGCCUCACCAAUAUAAUGACAAUGACAUUUAUUCUUGGAGUGAUGGCUGACAAAAUUCCCAAAACCAGCAGUAUCCCUUUAUUAGGAAUUUAUAUCCUUAUCAACUUGAUUAUUAUGCUAAUUGCUGUAUGUGUAACUUGCAAUAUUGGAUCUCAACGAAAAUGGCUGAAAUCGUUUCAAAAGCCAUCUCCGCUAAGAAUUUCUUCAGCGUCUUAUGGAUAUCAAUUCAAAUCUCCUCCGAGAUUUAACUAUACCACUUUUUUAUAUGACAUAAAGCUCAUUGAUGUGAGUGAGCCGGAAGAAAAAGUUACAUUCGUAAUGGAACUCAUGGAAGAAUGGUUUGACCCGCGGCUUCUAUGGAACCCAAGCGAAUUUCAAGGGAUCACAAGCAUGUACGUCACAGAAACUAGAGUCUGGUCACCAGGACUACAAGCAUUUUCAAUACAUGAUAUGACCGAUUUCCGUGAUAGUGAUUUUCGUUUAGUCAUGAUCACAAAUUUCGGAAGGAUCUCGACCUAUAUGUCAUUAAAGAUUUCGACAACUUGUUCAAUGGAUAUAGCCGAAUUUCCGUUCGAUGAGCAGAUAUGCCAAAUAAGACUCUGCAUACCACUAUUCAAUAGAGAUGAAGUGCAGCUCAUCAACGAAAUUUAUCAAGGAAUUCUAAAGGCUAACAAAAUUUCCAAAAUGGGAAAUGCUGAAUGGGUCGUAAAGAAUUUGUCAGGAAAAGUGGAAACGCUGGAAUAUGACGACGAUUUUGGAAGUCUUGAAUUGUCGAUAUUCGAAGUUAGAAUAAAACGGAAUCCAAUGUACUACAUCUAUAUGAUAAUCAUACCGUCGUUUAUUAUUAAUUUUCUUUCCAUUAUUGGAGUUCUUAUGAAAGGAGCCGAUUUAAUGUCAAGGCUAACUGUGGGGCUUACAAAUAUUAUGACAAUGACAUUCAUAAUGGGGGUCAUUGCCGACCAGAUCCCAAAAGCUGGAACAAUUCCACUACUUGGAAUUUAUAUUCUCGCAAAUUUGGUUAUUGUUUUGAUUGCCACUGCAAUAACAGCUUCAAUGGUUAAAGUGAAGGAAUUCAUUCUGCUUCACGUAGUCGACAAAAAAUCAUUUUUGACGUAA